AUGGCUUCGACAACAGAAUACUCCGAGGACCGCCUCGCCAAUCCGAUUCCGAAUGAGGAAGAAUCUCUUUUAGGAUCGAAUGGACGCGUCGCCCAGAAAGAGACCACGCCAAUUCAUCUCAACUUUCUCACAGGAACUGCUAUAGUUGCCCAGGCUGGUAUCUGGGUGUUAUUCGCCAUCAUCUGGUCUGCUGUAUUUUCUCAUGACUUGAUCUUCUUCUCGGCCCAUCCGCUGCUCAAUUCCUCCGCUCUUUUGCUCCAAGUACAAGCAAUCCUCGUCCUUCAACCUACAUCAACACCCCGUCAAAAGAAAAUAGGGACACACAUCCACUUUGCUUUCCUCCUUCUCAGUCUUGCCGGCUUCAUUUCAGCCUUUGUCGUCAUUGAGUUGAACAAAGAUCCUGAACACCGACUGUCCUCCAUUCACGGAGUCCUCGGGUUCAUCACCUACAUUCUGAUCAUCAUUCAGGCUCUGGUCGGAGUAGCUCAAUUCUGGAUUCCAAAGUGGGUAUUCGGCAGUGCUGAGAAUGGCCAGAAAAUAUACAAAUACCACCGCAUGUCCGGCUAUGUCUUGCUGGUGUUGGAGCUUGCCGCCGUGGCCGCUGCGACGCAGACUACAUACAACAUUUAUGUGCUGAAUAUUGCCCUAUGGGCUGUUUUGGUCGCGUCGGUCAUCACUCUAUUGGGUAUCGGCGCGCGCAUUAAACUCAGCAAGUUUGGUUUCUAA